AUGGCAGGGGAAGAUGAGGACUUGCCCAGAGAUGCGAAGAUUGUGAAAACGCUGUUAAAAUCAAUGGGUGUGGAGGAAUAUGAGCCUCGUGUUAUUCACCAAUUCUUGGAGCUGUGGUAUCGAUAUGUGGUCGAUGUGCUCACUGAUGCACAGGUCUACUCAGAACAUGCUGGUAAGCCUGCAAUUGAUUGUGACGAUGUCAAGCUUGCUAUACAGUCCAAGGUUAAUUUCAGCUUCUCACAGCCCCCUCCAAGAGAGGUGCUACUGGAGUUGGCUAGAAACAGGAACAAAAUCCCAUUACCAAAAUCAAUUGCAGGGCCUGGUGUGGCAUUGCCACCUGAACAGGACACAUUGAUCAGCCCAAACUAUCAACUGGCAAUCCCAAAGAAACAAUCUGCUCAAGCAGUGGAAGAAAUGGAGGAAGAUGAAGAACCUGCUGAACCCAAUCCGCCCCAGGAACAGAAGCCCUCUGAUCUGCCUCAGGGUACUCCCCAAAGGGUAUCCUUUCCCCUUGCUAAACGCACCAAGUGA